CAUGGUUACUGCGUUUAUUUUGUUUAAACUUUCGACAUUGUUUUAAUAAUAAGUUAUUUUCCGAACUACUUUCGGAUUUAUUACGUUACGUUUUAUUAUGAAUAAAUAACGUCAGUAUGCCUAAAAAAAAAUUUCAACUAUCUAGACAUACAUCAAAAACAAAAUCAGUUUAAGUCCGCCGAAUGGGAGAGACUCCCUAUGAGCAUACACAGCCUGAGUCUAGCAUAGAAUGUUCGCAGAGCCUUACUGCUACAGCACAUGAACAACAAAUAUCUAGAAUAUGCAAUCGAAAAGCCUCUCACAGUUAUAGAUCAGUUUUCAAUUAUGAUCCCAACAUCGAUUGUGCAAAGCAGAGAGCAGUAACAAUAGGAUCAAAGAGUAAAAUCUGUAGUGUGUUAAUAAAGAAAUACUUACAACUUUACCAUGAUAGGGUUCAUGUGCUGUUCCUCGGAGCACCAACAAAACGGCCAUUACUCGUCAGUCAUGGUACUGGAACGGUUAAAAAAAUGAAGUGCCGAGCCUUUGCUCUGUCUGUAACCAGGCUAUUGUAUUUGAUACGAAUAAACGACAAAGGGGGCACAGGCGUAUUUAUGUGUGACUAAUACAUGGGUACUUUAAUAAAGGUAUGGUGAUCGUCGCGGUGAAGGUACCUUGUACAUUUGUACCUAUACCGGCUAUACCACGGGUACAAGUAUC